UGUCUAAACAGUGAGGGGGCAAAAUUUGCAGAUGAUACUAACUGCUCAAGGUAGUUAAGACCAAAGCAGACUGGGAAGAGCUUCAAAAGCAUCUCACGCAACUACGUGAUGGGGCAACAAAAUGGCAAAUGAACUUUAAUGUUGAUAAAUGCAAAGGGAUGCACAUUGGAAAAAAUAAUCCCAACUAUUCAUAUAGAAUGAUGGGGACUAAAUUAGCCGAAUGAGAUCAAAGGCCCGUUGCAAAGGGGCAGUCACCGGUCCUCCCAGGGAAAGGGAGGAGGAUGAAAAGGAGCAAGGCAGAGACUGGAAAGGGUCAGCUCCCAGCCCUCCCCGGCUCCAUCCCUGCAGCCCCUGGGCAGCCUGACUCUGCGGGAACCCUGGGAGGAGCUGAGAGAGGAAAAGCCACUUGCUGCCUCUGCGAAAGCACCGCCCUGCUUUGAGGAAGGGAGAAAACCAAAGGAGGUGGAUCUACACUGGAAACACUCCAAAGUGGCUCCUUUGAUUCUGCUUUUUCUAGCAUUCAGCUCUGAGAGGCUGUUACUGGGAGCAUGUAAAAGUUCCCCCUCGUGCGUUCUGUUCUGCUGGGAGAUGCUUAGGUGGUACAAAGCUAACUGCGUUUUUUUCCCCCAUCCUGGCUGAAUCCAAAGUGUCUGCAGGAGACCUGGGGGGACUCGGGGUGCUACAGGGACUCAAGCCCCUUCUGACACCUCCCCACUCCCCCCUCUUGUCCGACAGGCCAAGGAGACACGUCGAGAGUUCACUCCUGAGCACCCGUCUGCCAGGAGCCAGGGCCAGGCAAUGGCCGGGAUGGAGCCCGCUCAGAUGCGGGUGACCUUCGAGGAGGUGGCUGUGUAUUUCACCCAGGGGCAGGGGGCGCUGCUGGGCCCCGCUCAGAGAGCCCUCUACAGGGACGUCAUGCAGGAGAACUACGAGGCGGUGACCUCGCUGGGGUUUCCUGUUCCCAAACCUGAGCUGAUCGCCCGGCUGGAACGAGGGGAAGAGCCCUGGGUGCCCGACCUCCAGGCCGGGGAGGAAAGAGAGAUCCUGAGAGGCACCCGCACAGGUGAUGAGAGAAUGCGUGCGGAACUGGGGGAAAAUAUUCCUAAGGAAGAUCCUGGGCAAGUGGAAUCACAGGACACCUUUGUGGGAAGAACUGAAUGGCAUUUUUCCCAGUGCAUGGAACAGGGAGAAGCCUGGGGAGAUUGGCACAGGUCGGAGAGGCUGCUGGGAAAACACCCACGAAAGAAAGAGGAUGAAUCUGUUCCACGUGCGGAAGAAGAUGAGGUUCCCACAGCCCAGAACAUAAAUCCAAAAAAAGAGAAACACUACUACUGCCUCCACUGUGGGAAAGGCUUCAUUCUGAGAUCCCGCCUUGUGAAACACCAGAGAAUCCAUGCUGGAGAGAAACCCCUUCAAUGCUUGGCCGCUGGGGGAAGCAUCAAUAUUUGUUCAGAAUCGACUAACCCUGCGAGAAGCUACUCGAGAAAGAAACCCUAUCAAUGCCUUGAAUGCGGGAAAUGUUUGAAUUGGAAGUCAGCCCUAAUGGCACAUCAGAAAAACCACAAAGGAGAAAGACCCCAUAAGUGCUUAGACUGUGGAAAAAGUUUCCUAUGGCAGUCACGCCUUGUUCUACACCAGGCAGUCCACACAGUUGAGAGACCCUAUAAUUGCUUGGAGUGCGGAAAAAGUUUCAAAACCAGAUCGGCUCAUAUUUUACAUCAGAGGAUCCACACAGCGCCGAGACCCCAUAAAUGCUUAGAUUGUGGGAAAAAAUUUAUGCAGAGGUCAGAUCUUUUUAAACAUCAGGCCAUCCACACAGGAGAGAGACUCUGUAAGUGCUUUCACUGUGGGAAAAGUUUCGCACGGAGGUCGGACCUUGUUAAACAUCAGAGAAUCCAUACAGAAGAAAGGCCCCAUAGUUGCUUGGGCUGUGGGAAAAGUUUCAAACGGAGAGCAGAUCUUGUUAAUCAUCAAACAGUCCACACAGGAGAAAGACCCCAUACGUGCUCCCACUGUGGAAAAAAUUUCACACGCAGAUCAGUCCUCAUUAAACAUCAGGCAAUUCACACAGGCGAUACACCCCACACGUGCUUGGACUGUGGAAAAAGGUUUUUUUGGAAGUCAGAGCUUGUUAAACAUCUGAGAAGCCACACAGGAGAGAGACCCCAUAAGUGCUUGGACUGUGGGAAAACAUUCACAGAGAAAUCGAACCUCAUUAAGCAUCAGCGAAUCCACACAGGAGAGAGACCCCAUAGAUGUUUAGACUGUGGGAAAAGUUUCAUACAAAGGUCAGACCUUGUUAGACAUCAAACGAUCCACACAGGAGAAAGACCCCAUAAGUGCUUACACUGUGGAAAAGAUUUCACAUGCAGACCAUACCUUAUUAAACAUCAGGCAACUCACACAGGAGACACACCCCAUAUGUGCUUGGACUGUGGAAAAAGUUUUUUUUGGAAGUCAGACCUCAUUAAACACUUGAGACUCCACACAGGAGAGAGACCCCACACUUGUUUGGUCUGCGGGAAAAGUUUCAAGUGGAAGUCAGCCCUUGUUUCACAUGAGAGAAUCCACACAGGGGAGAGACCCCAUCAGUGCUUAGACUGUGGAAAAAAUUUCACACGUAGAUCAUACCUUAUUAAACAUCAGGCAACUCACACAGGAGAUGCACCCCACAAAUGCUUGGACUGUGGAAAAAGGUUUUUUUGGCAGUCAGACCUCAUUAGACAUCGGAGAGUCCACACAGGAGAGAGAUCUCACAAGUGUUUAGACUGUGGGAAAUGUUUUAAAUGGAGAUCAGCCCUUGUUCGACAUCAGACAAUCCACAGUAGAGAGAUACCCCAUAAAUGCUUACAGUGUGGAAAAAAAUUCACAUGCAAGUCAAAUUUCAUAAAACAUUGGGCAAUCCACACAAGAGGGAGUCCCCAUAAGUGCUUGGUCUGUGGAAAAAGUUUUAAAAAUAGAUCAGCCCUUGUUUUACAUCAGAGGAGCCACACAGGACAGAGACCCUAUAAGUGCUUAGACUGUGGGAAAAGUUUCAUUCAGAGGUUGGAUCUGCUUAAGCAUCAGGCCAUCCACACAGGAGAGAGAUCUCACAGAUGCUUGGACUGCGGGAAAAGUUUCAGACAGAGGUCAGAUCUUGUUACUCAUCAGACUAUCCACACAGGAGAUAAACCCCAUAAGUGCUUACACUGUGGAAAAAAAUUCACACGCCUGUCAAACCUCAUUAAACAUCAGGCAGUUCACACAGGAGUUAUGCCCCAUAAUUGCUUGGACUGUGGAAGAAGGUUUGUUUGGAAGUCGGACCUCAUUAAACAUCUGAGACUCCACAUAGGAGAGAAACCCCAUAAGUGUGUGUUCUGUGGCAAAACAUUCACAGAGAAAUCAAACCUCAUUAAACAUUGGCGAAUCCACACAGGAGAGAGAUCCUAUAGUUGCACGGAUUGUGGGAAAAGUUUCAUACGGAGAUCAGACCUUCUUAGACAUCAGACAAUCCACACAGGAGAGAAACCCCAUAAAUGCGUAUACUGUGGGAAAAAUUUCACACGCAGGUCAAACUUCAUUAAACAUCAGGCAAUCCACACAGGAGAUAGACCCCAUAAGUGCUUAGACUGUGGAAAUACUUUUAUAUGGAAGUCAGACCUCGUUAAACAUCUGAGAAUCCACACAGGAGAGAGACCCCAUGAGCACUUGGGCAGUGGGAAAACUUUCACAGAGAAAUCAAACCUUAUUAAGCAUCAAAGAAUCCACACAAGCGAGAGGCCCCAUAAAUGCUUAGACUGUGGGAAAAGUUUCAUACGGCAGUCAGAUGUUGUUAGACAUCAGAGAAUCCAUACUGGAGAGAGACCCCAUAAGUGCUUGGCCUGUGGGAAAAGUUUCACAUGCAAAUCUCACCUCUAUAAACAUGGGAGAAUCCACACAGGAGAGAGACCUCAUAAAUGCUUGGACUGUGAAAAAAGUUUUAUAUGGAAGUCAGCCCUUACUUUGCAUCAGAGAAUCCAUACAAGAGAGAGAUCCCAAAUGUGACUGCACUGUGGGAAAAGUUUCAUACAGAGAUCACACCUCCUUAAACAUGGGAGUAGUCACACAUCUAAACUUCUGUGACUCAGAGACAAGAAAGUGGUAAGCAACUUGCAGGCAAAUUAGCUCAGAUUCUACAGUUAGAGACAUGUUGGAUAAAGUUGUAAAUGGCAGUUGGGGCAUUGCUAGGUCAGAUAAUCUUGAGCUGAGAAAUAUAAACUUGUAUUGUUAAAGAAUUUGAAGAAGAUGGUAUCUCUAGUUGUCUGUGUUUUCCUGUCAUAGAAUGAGAGGACUGGAACGGACCUUGAGACAUCAUCCAAGCACUAUCUUGUAUAGCAGGGCUACGCAGCUUUGGAAGCCCCAAGGGCCACAGUGAUAUUCACAGCACAUACUGAGGGCCACAACUUAAAAGUAAUUGCAUAUACAUGCAAAUAUAUAUGCAAAUAGCUUCUUUCAUAAAAUGCUCUGCUACUCCCAGCACCUCCUCCUGGGAGAGGCGGGGAGGGCUAGAAACACCAACACCCUGUACCUGUUUGUUCCAGCUGGCCUGUCUGCUUGCAUCUUUCAAUGUUCACCUCACCUGGGAGAUGCCUCGCCAUUCUGAAGCAUGUUCCCAGUGGAGACCGUGUUCAAAGGAAACAGCACUACGGGAUACAAACAAGCGGGCUGCGUGUUGAGUAGCCUGUUGUAGACCAUCCCUGACAGAUGUUUUUCUAACCUGCCCUACAAAAACUCCAAUGACGGAGAUUCCACAACCUCCCUAGGCAAUUUAUGCCUGUGCUUAAUCACCCUGAUAGGUACUUUUUGCUAAUGUCCAACCUAAACUUCCCUUGCUGCAAUUUAAGCCCAUGGCUUCUUAUCCU